AUGGCGUGCCGUCCGGGUAUCUCGUCUAUGUCUCUAGGCCGGUGCUACGCUGGCCACAGCCUCGAAUACAAGCUCUCUAUGGCUGCAAAACAUGGAUUAGAGGGCAUCGAACUCUUCUACGAAGACUUGGUUGAUCACUCCGGGUCCGACUCUCCGUCCGAUCUCCUGGCAGGCGCUGCCUCGGUCCGUGACCUAUGCUCUUCAUUGGAUCUUGAGAUCAUUUGUCUGCAGCCAUUUAUGCACUACGAGGGUCUCUUGGACAGGAAGCGACAUGCUGAGCGGAUCGAAGAGAUGAAGCUUUGGAUGCAAUUGGCACAUGUCCUCCAGACCGAUAUCGUGCAAGUGCCCUCAACCUUCCUUUCCCAGGACGAGUGUUCUUCCGAUAUCAACCUCAUCGUAGGCGACCUUCAAGAGAUCGCAGAUCUAGGGUUACAGCAGACACCAAUCAUCCGAUUCGCAUACGAAAGUCUAAGUUGGGGAACACACGUUGACAAAUGGGAGAUGUGUUGGGACAUCGUACAAAGCGUUGACCGACCGAAUUUUGGCAUCUGUUUGGACAGCUUCAACAUCUUGGGCAGGAUAUAUGCAGACCCCACCUCGGAAACUGGAAAGGUCGCAGGUGCCGAUCAGGAAGUUCGCGAGUCAAUACAGCGGCUGGUCACGCAGAUCAAGCCUCAUAAAGAGAAGAUCUUCUUCAUCCAGAUUGUCGAUGCUGAGCGUCUCGAACAACCUCUGCGACCUGGUCACCCUUUCUAUAAUGCUGAACAACCGGCACGCAUGUCUUGGAGCAGAAAUUGCAGGCUGUUUUAUGGCGAGAGUAGCCGUGGAGCGUACUUGCCUGUCAAAGAUGUCGCACACGCUAUCAUCAAGGACAUCGGCUUUGACGGCUGGGUCAGCAUGGAAUUGUUCAAUCGAGUCAUGAACAGUGAGGAUCAUGGAGUUGUCGAAGAGCUCGCGGAGCGUGCUGCGAAUGCGUGGUUAUCCAUGUGCUAUGAUUUGCAACUUGAUCCAGGAGUGAGAUGUGAUGGGUCGAAAUCAGUGGGUAAAACGCGUAACGAAGUCAAUAGGACUGAACAAGCCGAGUAUGCGCGGUUGUAA